AUGGCCACCAGUGAAGAAUCUGCACCACAUUCAAGUGAUGACGUUAAAGUAGAGCCGGUGAAGGCGGCGGAAGAGAACGAUACCGAAUCGUCGGAAGACACGAGCGCAGACAUGAAAGCUGCCAUUAAAAUAUCGAGGCAGUUUAUGAUUCUGCUGGAAGAUUACCGCUACUUGAUGUCCUGCUAUGAGGAAUCUUGCGGAUGCCAUGUCAACUUUGAUUACCAGUAUUUCUCGAAAAAGUUGGAGGAAAAGUACACCUUUCUGAGCAACCUUUCAUCCAACAACCCACUUCUGUUGAACGCCUUGGAUGACAACUCUGACAUCAAGACGCUGACUGACCUGUGGGAUGAAACGCAGAAAGGCGAAAAAAGAAAAGAACAGCAUGAUACUGAACAGGGACAAUAUAUUAAGCGAAUCAAAGUUACCAAACGCCACCAGCAAUCUUCUGCCAGCAAUAAUAAUAAUGACUCUGACGACACUGAUGAUGACACUAUUGUCGGCUUGACUAAAUACCAAAGUGAUCGCAGUCAAAUUGGUCACCUUAAUCAGGACUUGCAAGCCUAUCGCUGCACAAAGAACAAGUGUGAUUACAUCGCCUUUUCGCAGGAAGACGUCAUAUGGCACAUCACUAAUCACGACGGCACCGAUACCUCAAAGAAGGAAGAUAAAAGCUCAAUACUCUACGUUUGUGCCGAGUGCAGUAAGGAGUUUGCAGCACAAAAGUAUCUUACCAAUCACGUGGAAAAUGUUCACUCGAAUAGCGCAAAGAUCUACGCAUGUGAUAUUUAUGGCUGCAGCUACACAACAAAGUUUCGCACCUGUUACGACGAGCACCAGAAACGUCAUCGCGCUAUUCGUGAGUUUAAAUGCACUUGGGAGGGAUGCACCUCGGCGUUUGUCACCAAGCGUGACAUGUUCGCUCAUAUCAACUUCUCUCACAAACAAAUUAAAAACUAUGCAUGCUCUUGGCCGAACUGUACGGCCACCUUUAAGGAUAGCAACCGACUGAAACACCACCAUUUCACCCACACAGGAGAGAGACCCUACAUCUGCGACAUUGACGGCUGCCGGGCAAGCUUCAAACAGAUGCCCCACCUGCACAAACACCGAAAGACUCACACGGACGAAUUUUGA